AUGCGUCUCGCUGCUUCUUUGGCCCUUUUGGCUAUCAUCGCCCCCGUCCUCUGCGAACAUGUGCUCGCCUCAUAUAUCUAUCACACUCCGUGCGAAAGCAUCCCGGAGCUCGUUGGCACACCUGCAUUGACGUUCGCUGGCAGGAUGGACUGCAGGCUCUCGGCUAAGUUCUACAGGGACCGAUACAUGACACCACGCUCGCCAUACUAUAUCAAGGCUCUCGGCGACUCGCCGCCAAUGCUGUCGCUUGGGGCGCCCGACGAAGAGGUUAUGCCGGAGCAGAGAGCACGGGAGACGUGGCUCGAGAACUUGACGUGGAAUCAGGUUGUGCAAGAAAAACUUUCCUACACCAUGAGAUGUAUUAUACCGCAGGCAAACCUGACAUGGAACAGAUCAACAGCUGACAAAGCCCUCGACUUCGUGAACUAUGCCGAACGAAACAACCCUGAAUUGAUCGAUUCGUACUAUCUUGACGACCACAUGCGACAUUUCCUCGAGUCUCUUGCCGGUAUGUACGAGACAGAACGUGCGUAUCGUUCCGAGUAUCCUGUGCAGGCUGUCGAGGGGGCCGUUCUAGCCGGACAUAUCAUUAACAGCCUCGAUGAGAUCGUCAACGCAACCAUGACCAGGCGCGGUCUUGCUCCUCUGAUCAGUGUAUUCUUUGGCGAACGCGGUCCGCUCAUCUCCCUGUUUGGCCUCUUGGGAAAAUACACAUCCUGGAUUGACUACGAGCUAGUCCCACGACCGGGCGCAUCAAUGGCUAUCGAAUUGGUCAACCUGGGUGCCCCUAGCUUGCUCAGCAGCGAAAACCUGGCCGUGCGCCUUUAUUAUGCCCCCGGAAAGAUCAACGUCGAAUCGUUCAGGCCGCUGUCCACCUCAAUGAGCACCAGCAGUCGCCUCCGCGCCUCUUCUGCGGGUAACCGACCCCGCCGAACCGAGAGCCCCUGGCGUUACGAUGCCGUUCAUUACAACGCUUUCAAAGGCAAGGUUAAGCGGUUCGCAUACCAGAAUCGCGAGACCAUGGAGGCCAUUUGCAAGCGUUCUGGCUUUGGGACGGGCCCCGCCACUCGGCGGGAGCGUAUACGAGAACUUCUGCGGAGCCUUUUCCGGCAUCCGUCCGUCUUAGCCAUGGGUGGAAUCGCUGGAAUAGUGGUUUCCUCGGCUGGCCUCGCUGCCGCCAUGGCAUUUGGCGGAUACUCCAUGACCAAGGGGGUAGUGGAAGAGGAAUGGGCAGAAGCCGGCGAUGAGCCGACGCAAGAAACGACAGUCUGGCCGCGGCUGGAAAGCUGA